AAGGCACAAACUUUACGCACAAGUUUCUUUCAGAAGCUCACCAGCUUUCCAUGACCACGGGCGUGAGGCUCAAACACACAGAACUACCUUCCUUUCUGAGCUAAAUCUGGCUUGAAUAUAUAUUAGAAGAACUGACAUUUUGUACACUUUUUAGGCAAAAUGGACUUUCUAAAGGCAAGCUUGUUGUUUGGUUCGAUCAUUUUGUGUGUGGACAUCUGUCUAAGCCAGACAGACUGCACAGGGGUUGACUGUCCUGUUCUGCAAAAUUGCAUCGAAACAGAGUUGGAGAAUGGUGCCUGUUGUCCCAAAUGCACACAAAAAGGCUGCACCUGUGAGGGGUACCAGUAUUAUGACUGUGUCCAAGCAGGAUUCCAGAAAGGGAAAGUCCCAGAAGGAGAAUCUUACUUUGUGGAUUUCGGAAGCACCGAAUGCUCCUGUCAUCCGGGUGGAGGGAACAUAAGCUGCAUAUUUCUAUGCCAUGAAAUUCCCCCCAACUGUAUUGAUGUUUUACAGGCUGCAGAUGGAUGUCCACAAUGUGGGCGUAUUGGCUGUGUCCAUGGUAACAAGAAGUAUGAGGCAGGGCACUCCUUUCAGAUAGAUCAGUGCCAGGUUUGCCACUGUCCAAAUGAGGGCGGCAAGAUAAUGUGCUCACCCAUUCCUGGCUGUGACCUUCGGAGUGCUACUAAACCCAUGUGGGUAACAACCACUGAAAACAAUAGUCCUUUGAGAGACAUUAACAGCGGUCAUGACACCCAACAAACAAGUCACGGAGAACCAUUUUCCAGGCAUGCAUUGGGAAACACUCUUCCACUGUAUAAGCAAGACCCACCCAAUUUUGGCUCGGAGGAUUAUGACGAUACACUGGCAGGACCAACACGUUCUACUAUUCAAAAUCUGGCCCAACCUCUGGAAUCUGCUGCUGUACCUCCAGAUCACCCAAAGUCAAGCUCUGCUACCCUCAUCUCUCAUGAUGACAGUACACAUGAACUGAAGGAAAGUCAAACAGGCCCAAACCCAGUGAGGAGCAGUGAGGAUGAGGUCAAACAAAAUAUAGAAACACCCACUACAGGGACUCAUAAAAAAGCAUCAAUAUCACCUACAACUGCAACCACGCAGAGAGUACAACAGGAAACUGGAGAAAGAACCAUUAGGCAUAGUAGUGACAUGAAAAGAGUGUUACAGGAGACUUUAAAAGACACAGUCUACACUACCCAUAGCAACACAGGGCGUCGACGCUUCGCCCAGGACAAACAUGGUCAGGGUGGUCGUAUUAGGAGUCAAGGCAACACAGGACAAGAAAAAGUGUCGUUGGUGCAAAGGCACUCACUUGGCAAAGAGGAACAGGGCUCAUAUCCUACUGUCCAGUUCGGUCCCACCAGCAAAGCUCCAAUCAGGAUGAGGGAGGAAGGUGAAGAGCAUCAAAGACAACCUCAAACUCUCUACAACUACCAGUCUCAGGAUGUGGAGGACGACUCAGAGGUGUCUGUCAAAGAGCUGUUGAAGACCUGCUGUGAGACUGGAGAGAAAUGGGCUUCAACUAAUGGUCACUGCAACAACAUGGAGCCACCCACUAAAGAUAUGCACUCCAUUUGCUGGACUGCCCAACAACAGUGCUGCCUCGGUUCCCUGAGAGAAAGCCAGUGCUUGGCAGGAAUAAAUGCAGCCAGAGCAGGAAAUAUGUGUGAAGAAAAUGCCAGCACUAAAUGUGGGAUUGACUCCUACAAGGACUGCUGUAGCUGCUGCUCUCUUGGGCUGCUGUUCCACAAAGAGGGACAUCGCUGUGAAGCCCACCACUACCUUGGUUUCCACUGCCAACACAUUUUUCUAACCUGCUGUGAGGGGGAGGAGAGGAGGCACACUAUCAGAGAGAGGCCGGCUCUGGAUUCCACUCCAGGUCCAAGAAGAGUAUCAGACCUCCCAUACCCUAAAGAGGCAUUCUCUAUCGGUGAGGAGCAGGACGGGGAGAAUGCAGUGGAGGGUCCCGUGGAGGUGGAAGACAUGGAUGAGUGCUUGAUAUAUGAGGGCAACAUCUGCCACCACAAAUGUGUCAACACGCCUGGUUCUUUCCGGUGUGAGUGCUUUCCCGGGUAUGUGCUGCAGGACGACGCUUACACUUGCGCAGAAGAGGUGGUGGAGGAAGAGAACAGACUGAGGGAGGGGACCACCUCACCACUUCCACCUCCCACCCAGCCAAUUGUCCCACUCAACCCCUGUGAAGGAAAUGACAUCUGUGAGCAACAGUGCACCCCAGUGGGCGGAAGGCCACAGUGCUCCUGUUCAUCAGGAUUCUCCCUCAGAGCCGAUGGGCGCUCUUGUGAAGACAUAAAUGAGUGUUUGUCCUCACGUGCCUGCCAGUUCAAUGAGCGCUGCAUAAAUACUGCAGGGAGUUAUUCCUGUCAGAGACUGAUCACCUGUCCCCCCGGAUACCAGCUCAACAAUGACAUUUGUGAAGACACCAAUGAGUGUGAGCAGAACCAUAACUGUGGAGUUGGCUUUGAAUGUGUGAAUACACAUGGCUCAUUCAGGUGCAACCCCAAGAUUCGAUGUCCUGUAGGCUUCAACCCGGACCCACAAGGCAUCUGUGUAGACAUUGAUGAGUGUGGUGCUUUGACCCAACCUUGCGGUCCAGGUUUCAACUGUGUCAACACAGCAGGAUCUUACGUGUGCAACAGGAUGAUAAUAUGUAGCCGUGGCUAUCAUGCCAGUUCUGAUGGAUCCAGAUGUGUUGAUGUGAAUGAAUGUGAGAACAAUCAGAAUAAAUGUGGAGAGGGCCAGUGUCUCAAUGUGCCAGGCUCCUAUCGUUGUGAGUGCCAGACAGGCUACCAGUAUGACUCGUUCCGGAGGAUGUGUGUAGAUGUGAACGAGUGUUGGCGCUACCCAGGCCGUCUGUGUGCCCAGACCUGUGAGAACACCCCGGGCUCCUACGAGUGCUCGUGCACCUCUGGUUUCCGCUUAUCUGGUGAUGGCAAGAACUGUGAAGAUGUGAAUGAAUGUCUGACCAACCCAUGCAGUCAGGAGUGUUCCAACAUUUACGGUUCCUACCAAUGCUACUGCAGAAUGGGCUACCACCUCAGGGAGGAUGGGCAUACCUGUGAAGACAUCAACGAGUGUUCCCGGAGCAUUGGUCAUCUGUGCACCUAUAAGUGUGUGAAUGUUCCAGGGAGUUACCAGUGCGCUUGUCCUGAAUAUGGUUACACCGUGUCUCCAAAUGGAAGAUCUUGCAGAGAUAUUGAUGAGUGUGCCACAGGGGCCCAUAACUGCUCUUUAGCAGAGACCUGCUACAACAUCCAAGGAGGGUACCGCUGCCUUUCUUUGAGCUGUCCACCAAACUACCGCAAAGUGUCCGACACACGCUGCGAGCGAAUCAGUUGUCCCAACUAUGUGGAGUGUCAGAACUCUCCUCUAAAAAUCACCUACUACUACCUCAGCUACCAGUCCAACAUUGUCAUCCCGGCUCAGAUCUUCCGCAUUGGACCCUCUCCUGCUUACUCUGGUGACAACGUUAUUGUGACAAUCACGCAGGGAAACGAGGAGAACUACUUCAGCACAAGGAAGUUGAAUGCCUACACGGGUGCUGUGUACUUGCAGCGACAGGUUCAGGGUCCAAGGGAUUUCCUAAUCACUGUAGAGAUGAAGCUUUGGCGACAGGGGACGUUUACCACUUUCCAGGCCAAGAUCUAUGUAUUCAUCACAGCCAACCUGCUCUAACGACUGCUGUGCUGCAGCCAUCAUGGACCUUAGCACAGCUCUCGAGGAGUCCUCUUAUCAAUAUUUAACAAAGCCACUGUCUGUUGUGACGGGUUUAAACAUUUAGUCCUGCUUUAAUUAGCCGAUGCUAAUAUAAAAAUGUUGCUGUAACAGAAAUGGAAAGAAAAAACUGAAUGCUUUGUGUCAGUUUGUGUUUUGACUAUUGCAUUAAAAUCAUGUAACAUGUUGCUUCAAAACAUUUUCAGAACAGUUUAUAAAGAAUCAAAUCUAAUCUUUUUAUUUUCUCCUUUUGGGUCCAGAUUAUGGCACAAAAAUGUAACUUUCUGACAUAACUAGAUGUAUGUAAUGGCAAGAAAUUACAGUACGUAACCAACUUUUCCAUAUCAUCUAUCAUUACAAUCUCCCUGAUAUCACAUUUGUCAUUUGAUAUCUGUGAU